AUGGCUGAACAAAACACUUCUGCAAGUGGGAAAAAGAAACUAGUUGUUGAUCGUGAAAAGACCGUACCAUUUUUAUUGAGAAUGUUUUGUAGACCAAGUUACCAUCACAGACCUGAUGACUACACGCCCGAGCGUCUUCCUAUAGAUGACGAAGUACAAAUAUAUACAUGGAAGGAUGCAACUUUGAAAGAGAUAGCUAAUCUUAUAAAAGAAGUAAAUCAAGAUGCUAAUCGACCAAAUGCACGCCUGUCAUUUAAUUUAGUAUAUAUUGACAAUUUACGUGGUAGAUAUAUGUUUAAAGAUCUUGGAAUUGUACAUAAUUCAACUUCAAGUACUGAUGAUGAUAUAAAUCUUGAUGAUGCAAGAUUUGUUAUUGGUGAUUUUUUGGAUGUAGCAAUUUUUCAUGGGGCACCACCUGCUAGAAUCAUAGAAAGACGUGGAAAAGAGAUGAUAGAAGAGAUGAUAGAAGAGAUGAUAGAAGAGAUGGAGGAAGAAAUUUUAGAGAUAGAAGAAGAUGAAAAUACACGCACACAAAAAAAUUUCCAAGAAGGACGUCACAUUCAUACCUUGUCUGCUGUGGAUUUUCAGAGUGCAAGUUCAGGCGUUGCGGCCAAAACUAUGCGUUCUGAACUUCAGAAAAUGGCACUUUCGAUUCAAGAUAUGAAAGCUCGAAGAGCCUUUCAAAACGAAAUGGAUAAUUUCUAUUUACUAUUCACUCGUUAUUUGAGUGAGAAAUCAAAGGGAACCAAAUUAGAUUGGGAUAAGGUAAAACAACCUAGUCCCGAACAAAUUAUUCCUUAUAAGAAUUUAUCACCGGUUUGUGAAAAUACUGAAAGUCUCAAUAAAUUAGCCGUACUUAAACUUAAUGGUGGCCUUGGAACAACCAUGGGUUGUAUUGGUCCCAAAAGUGCAAUUGAAGUAAGAGAUAAUAUGACAUUCUUGGAUUUAAGUGUUAGACAAAUUGAGUAUUUCAAUAGUAAUUACAAUGUCAAUGUACCAUUCAUACUUAUGAAUUCUUUUAAUACGGACGAUGAAACUAAACGAAUCAUUCAAAAAUAUAGUAGUCAUAAAAUUGACAUUCUCACCUUUAAUCAAUCAAGAUACCCAAGGAUCAAUAAAGAAUCUUUAUUACCCAUGCCAAGAUCUAUAAAUGGAGAUAUAAGCCAAUGGUAUCCACCAGGCCAUGGUGAUUUAUUUGAAUCAAUGGCUAACUCGGGAAUAUUAGAUCAAUUGAUAGCUGAUGGAAAAGAAUAUCUUUUUGUGUCCAAUGUUGACAAUCUGGGUGCUGUUGUUGACUUAAAAAUUCUUCAACACUUUGUAGAAUCAGGAGCCGAAUUUCUGAUGGAAGUUACUGAUAAAACUAAAGCAGACAUUAAAGGAGGUACAUUGAUAGAUUAUGAAGGAAAUAUUAGAUUGUUGGAGGUUGCACAAGUACCGGCCGAGUAUAUGGAAGAAUUCAAAUCUAUAAAAAAAUUCAAGAUUUUCAAUACGAACAAUUUAUGGAUUAAUUUGAAAGCGGCGGCUAAACGUAUUUCUGAUGAAAAGAAAUUAGAUUUGGACGUGAUUUAUAAUAGUAAGACACUCGAAUCUGGAGAAAAGGUUAUACAGUUGGAAACAGCCGUCGGUGCAGCUAUUAAACAUUUCAAAAAUGCUCAUGGAAUUAAUGUCCCGAGAAGUCGUUUCCUACCUGUAAAAUCUACUUCUGAUUUGUUUCUGGUCACAUCAGAUUUAUAUUCACUCCAUCACGGCGAACUUGUAAUGAAUCCAAAACGUCUUUUCCAAACCGUUCCUUUGGUUAAGUUGGGUGACGAGUUUAAAAAGGUUUCAAAUUUUCUGGCUCGUUUCCAAUCACCACCACAUAUCCUCGAACUUGAUCAUUUAACAGUUACAGGUGAUGUGACAUUUGGCUCUGGUGUACAACUCAAAGGGACUGUUAUUAUUGUUGCUAAUCAUGGUGCUAGAAUUGAUAUCCCAUCACAAGCUGUAUUAGAAAAUAAAGUGGUUUCUGGAAAUUUAAGGUAUUAA